GCGGUUCGCAUGCGCAGUAGUUGGUGUUUACUUCCGCCAGGCCUGGGCUUGCUUCGCGGAGAUGUUGCACGUGGGAUUUCCUGCAUGGGGUUCCUCGGUAGAGUGACGGUGAGACUUAGGUGGCGGGACGUUAGAGAAGACGAUGUGGGUCCCGGUGGCGGGGCUUCCUUGCCGGCUGGCGCCCUCAGCCCUGGCCGGCGUCAGUCGACUUUGCGUGUGGAAGACCGCAGCGAAGACGCGUGGAGACCAGCCUCGCCGUGGUUUGUCGGAAUCUUCCCCGCAGCCUUUGCCUUGUCUUGAGUUCGGGGAUUCGGCUCCUUGGGUGUCCAAGCACCGCCUGGAGCCUAAGCGUUAUGUAACCAGUCGGAGACUGGCUGAGACCUUGGCACAAAUCCUGCGGAGGACUCAGAAAGACCCUCGGCAUCUCUUGCUGGAGUGCAAUCCUGGUCCUGGAGUCCUGACUCAGGCCUUACUUGAAACUGGUGCCAAAGUGGUUGCCCUUGAAAGCGACAGAAAUUUCAUUCCCCACUUGGAGUCCUUAGGAAAUAAUCUGCAUGGAAAACUAGAAGUGGUUCACUGUGACUUCUUUAAGUUGGAUCCCAGAAAUUGUGGACUGGUAAAACCACCCAUUAUGCUUUCACAGGAGCUUUUUCAGAGUUUGGGAAUAAAAGCGCUUCGUUGGUCAGCAGCUAACCCCUUAAAAAUAAUUGGAAUCUUCCCAGUUAAAAAUGAAAGAAAGGUGCUUUGGAAACUUUUAUAUGACCUGUAUUCCUGCACUUCUAUAUAUAGGCAUGGACGAGUAGAACUAAAUAUGUUUAUUAGUGAAAAAGAGUACAAGAAAUUAAUGGCAAAUCCCAGAAAUCCAAGCUCCUAUCAAGUUUUAAGUGUGCUCUGGCAAGUAGCGUGUGAGAUUAAGGUUCUGCACAUGGAACCUUGGUCAUCAUUUGAUGUGUAUAUCCAAAAUGGGCAGCUGGAAAUGCCAAAGCGUAAGGAUUCGUUAGAGCUAAUACAACAGAACAUGUAUUUUGUUCAAAUGACUCCUCGUCGAAAUUUAUUUACAGAAAACUUAACUCCUGUUAACUAUGAUGUAUUUUUUCAUAUGGUAAAGCACUGUUUUGGGAAGCGCAGUGCAAGGCUAAUAGAACAUUUAAAGUCAUUGAGUCCAGUUGAUGCAAUGGAUAUAUUGAUGCAAACAAGAAAGAAUGAAACAGUGAAGAUAACUGAAAUGUAUCCUCAAGACUUUAAGCGCCUUUUUGAAACUAUAGAGUGUUCCAAAGAUCAUAGCUGUAAAUGGCUAUAUGAUGACAGCAUGGAAGACACAGUGAUAGGAAACUAGACUGUAAAGACAUUAGCUGGAACAGAUUCUUCAUUUAGAAAUUACAACAUAAGUGAAAAGGAACUGAGUUUGGAAACCUUAUGUCCUUUCAACACAAGAAAGCCAUUGUUUUGCAUG